AUGGCAACCUGGAGUGAGGAAGAAGUUAGGGAGUUGUUGCGGAUUAGAGUGGAGGCUGAAAUAGCCAACCAAAUUACAGGGACUGUAAAGGAUGCAAUAACCUAUGAAAACAUCACAAGGAUGCUUGCAGCCUCUAGUUUCCAACAUACCUCACAGCAGGUAAUAAAUCAAUUAAAGGCCCUUAAAAGGAAUUUCAAUAAGGUCCACGACCACAACCGAAAUAGAAGUGGUGCUGCCCGUAUGGAAUGGCAAUAUUACGAGCAGUGUGCCACCAUAUUUGGCCACACAGCGCUUACGACACAUGUUAACUUAUCCUCCAGCCUAGCAGCAGCAGAAACAAGCCAGGCCUGUGCCACCUGCAGCGUACAGGACCCAGAGACCCAAUCACCACCACCACCAUCCCCACCACUCGUACUGGAUAAUGAUACGCAACCGAUGCAAACCACUAUGACUGACCCAAUUGGACACAAACCCAGCAGAACUGCAAACACUAAUGCACCGGAAGACACAGAGACUGGGACAAGUAAAAUGGACCCAAUUGCACAAAGACAGCCUUUAUGUGGAAACAUAUAUACUGUUCUGCCAAGGAGGCGCCACCCAAACAAAACGGAGCAAGCUGCAAGAAUUAUGACCACUGUCCUGGUGGAGAAAUUAGAGCAGAUGGACGCUGCCAUGGGUGAUCGAGAAGAUGCACGUCUCAAUCGAUUUUUGCAAGCAAAGCAAGACAUGAACAACACAUUUAUGGCCCAGCUGAACUCUAUGCAGGAAACCUAUAAUAGGGAUGCAAGAGAAUGUCAGAGGGAAAUGCAGGAAUUUCAAAUGUCAAUAUUUGACAGAAUGUUCCAAUGUAUUGAAGGGCUGCACACAGUGCCACCUCAGCACCCGCCUCCAAACUACCCUCAACUGUAUCCCCAGUAUAACCCUGGCUCCCCUACUAUGAACAUACCCCACCUCAACAAACGCAACCCCAAUAUACCCAUCCUCGACAUAACCAACCUCAACAAACCAAACCUCCACAAACUCAAACUCACUAUACCCAUCCUCGACAUACCCAACCUCAACACACCCAAUCACCUUCUGAAACAGAUACAACUACAGAGGUUCCUGUUUAUCUUAAAUGGUUAUUGUUUUUUUUUUUUUAAAGUUGGUUUUAAAUUAAUGGGAGUGUAUUUCAUACACUAUUACUGGUUUGUCUUUUAUUACUGUAAAGGUUUCAAUGCCUUAUUUACCAAAGUUUUAUACAAAUUAAAAUUAUAA